UGACGGGGGUUUUGAAGCUAUAAUGAAGUGAUUUUUAUGGACUGGACAAUAGGGGGAGACAAUGAAAUGAGGUUGCACUUCACCAGAUGUUGUAUUAUUUUACCUCUUGGGGUGUAGUUGCUAUGGUUCACUAUGGUGACUGCUGAGCAUUUGGCCAAACAUAGCAUGCUGACGAGAGCAUAAACCGCGAUUUUCCGUCUGUCACACAUUUAUUGCUUUUCCAGCGUUCAAGCCGGCGGGACGACCUUUCCAGUGGAGCAACCCACCCCUUCCAUUUCCUGCUGCGCACGACUACUAGUUUCCACCUAUGGGAACCCACACUAAUGGUUAAAUUUACACAAAACAAUUAUGCCCUCAGUGAUGUACGAUUUCUGCGACAUUAGUGACUGGCUAUCAAUCAAUGGCGUGCUGGAACAAGACUACCAUUACGGAAGAUGUAACGGGACACAAUUUGGCGAUCACAUCUUCACCAUGGAUACAAAAACCAUUAUUCUUGGUGCCUCCAUUGUGGCACUGUGCCUGAUGGGAACACGUAGCAAUGCGGAGACGACUGUAGCACCGAUAGCAGAAACAGAUGCUGUAGAGACAGCAGGGAUGACCGAGACACCUGGGCCAACAGGUGCGGCAGAAACUACGGAAGAAUCAAAGUCGACAGAAGGAGAAGGGCAAACAAAGCCAGUAACAGAGCCGGCAGGGGAGACAAAGCCGGCAGGGGCAACAGAGCCGGCAGGGGAGACAAAGCCGGCAGGGACAACAGAGCCGACAGGAAAUGGAGGCAGAACAACGAAAUCAAACCCUACAGAAAAGAUUCCAACCGAAAAACCUUCCCUCAAGGAGUUUGACGGUGAAUUCAAAAUCAUCAAAAUUGACGGCGCAGAUGCCACGUUCACAGCAGCAUUAGGAGACUCCCAAACCAUGGAGUUCAAAACCACAAGUAAAAGAGUCUGCGACGCACUUCGACUGACCCUGAAAUCUUCUAUCGUGGAAGAUGCCUACAGAAACUGUCAAGUGAGAGAGUUCAGGAGCGGAAGUAUCAUCGCGGAUUACCGCAUGGCCUUUGAUGACGUCUUGGGGAUUACCGCUGACACAUUGAAAGCUGCGAUAAUUGAGGGUUUCCAGACUUCAAAUGACAGCCUCGUCAAGGACCUUCAGGUUGAUAAAAAUUCUUUCAUCGUCAAUGCGGUUUCCAAAAUAGCUGGACUGUCAGUCGGUGCCAUUGCCGGCAUUGCAGUGGGUGGCGUGGCCGCUUUAGUCUUAGUGAUAGCCCUUAUCGCCUGCGUCGUCGUCAAAGUCAACGGCAACUCCAAGGUUAUGUCGGUGGAGGACGCCGAGUUGCAGCCAAGCGCCGAGAAGAAAUCGGAGAAGUCGCCCUCUGUGGCGUCCGUGUCAUGAGCCGCUAGAUCGAUGCUGACCGACUGAAUUACGGCUGCGUCUAGUAAUAACACGUGCGCCAUGUGGAGCCACUGCGGCCACAGCCACUUCGCCAUACACCUUUAUUCUGAUAUGCGCCUUUCUUUGUCCUGUUUCCUUUAGACUCACUGAUUACAGUGAUGCAACUUCACAUAUUGAUAAAAGGGAAUAGACUGUUUUUCCUUCCAGCCUCAGUUUGGUUACAUUGCUGAAAAAAGGAAAGCAAAAUGGCUGCCCUAUGAUAGAUGCCUAUAGCAGCGUGUUAUUCUUGGCCGCAACCGUAUUGAUUCGGACUCGGUUAUACUUUUGUAGAAUACUGUAUGCUAAAAAAUCUGACGUCAUGCUGCCAAGAUGGACCAAUGGAUUACCACAUCUUUAUGCAUGCCGACUGGACAACAUAACUGUCUUGGCAAAAUGACGUCCUGCUAGCUCAUUAACAUAAUUACUUUUUUCAGUGUGUUGUAUGUGAUCGUUGCUUGUGUGUUCAUUUUGGCCUUUUGCCCUCAAAUGACAUCUUAUCGGAAUCACAUGCGUUGUAAAUCAGAUAUGUGUUUUUUAAAAUAUAUGGCAUAAAAAACGUGUGUUAUAAUCUUUAGCCCUUAUCACAGAUUUUAGAUUUGCCUUCUCUUGCGUGUCUAUGGGGUCGGAGACUCGUCCGACCAACCGUGUCUGAAGGACACGAAGAAUUUCAGGGGUUCUUAUCAAGACGUCGUAAAUAGGAUAAGCAGACCCCCAUGCUUUUCUCAUAGAUAAAGUUCCAAAUAAAAUUCAAAUUUGGUGUACUAAAGGACGCCAGUAUUCAGAGCUUUCCUUUUACAUCGUUACUGUAUGCAGAGUGAUUCAAAGAGUGACUGUGUAUUAAUGAAGUAGGUAUUAAGAGAAACGGCCUGUUUAAUUAAUGAACGCAGCCUGACUGCGGGUCAACAAAAGCAAAAGUUUGGAGAUGAGACGUCAUUACGUUUUCACAAGUUUGAAAUACACAAAAGAUGGAAACUAAAAUUACAUUAAUUAGAAUUACAUUAUGCAAAUUUAGUCGGAAAAGACGAGCAUAUUGAAACAGUUUUACGUGUGCUUGAAGUGUCCAGUAUUCUUACAGAGAUCUUUCUAAUUGAUGCAAAUUUUCUGUAUAUGAUAUUAUUUAUAAAUGAAAAAAUGUUACGCAAAUUAUAUCAUUUUUUAUUAAAAGAGUGUGUUUGCAGUCACCAUGUAAAUAGUUUUUGAAAACUAACAAAAUACACUUUAGUCAGUCAAUAAAACUAUGUAAUACUCUUUUCAAGUUUUGUACUUCUCUGAAUUAGAACUGCCCGUGUUUGGUGAUGUUUGGAUUUUCCUGGAAGAGUUUGCUCUUAAAAAGACAAUUCUUGAAGAAAUUGUAGAGGGAAGAUCUUUUUCCUUGUGAUACAUGAACAGAUAACUGUUGCUUAACCAUUAAAAAGGAAUAACUUAUAACGACCAGGA